AUGCCUGCCCUGCCGCUGACGGGCAGCUUGACUGCUCGAGCGCCGUACACACUCCUGGCGACCUCGCCCUCUGCAGCGGGAGCCGACUCCUCCGGCGCAUUCGUCGAGAAGAAGCUCGCUCACAGCAGGAGUCACUCGCUGAACGGCAUUGGCGGCGAAUCGGCAUCCACGAAGACACUGCGGCGACGACGACUGGGGGGACUGCUCGUCGCGACAGCAGGAGUUGCGGGCUUGCUCGUCCUCCUCCUGAAUCACUUGCCGAGUACGCCCUGGCAGACGGGACAGGGCGAGUUGCAGUACACUGCGCGGCACCGGAUUGCGGUGGACUUUGAGACGACGGAUGUACCGGAGGAAUGGAGCUGCAACCCGUUCAAGGAGCCGGGACGGUUAGAGGUGGACGUGCGGAACAAGUUCAACAACAUUUGGCGACCGUACGACGAGGCAUGCCCGCCCUCUCGGCUGAUGGAAGGAGUCGUCAACUCGGUCGAAGCAAUGAGGAAGACGUCGAGACGAGGCUUCCACAAGCAGCGAGGGCCGAGGCGGUCACAUGACACGACUGUACGGUGGCAGGGUGACAAGGAUGAGCGGGGGCAGUUCUACCCGUGGUUGGUGAACGCAACGAUUGUCUUGCUCGGCGACUCGAUGGAGCGACUGCAUCUGUCCGAAUUCUGCGACUUUGUAGGCGGCGACCUCCACCACAUCACGCCUCGCCAUCCCGCCAGUCCGCCCAUCUACCGGAAGAAGCUGCCAACGCUUCUCGACGCGAACGGCGACGAGUCGGAAGAGUCGAAGCGGCGAAAGGAGGAGCGGAGGAAGAAGGAGGACCAGUGGGAGUUUGAUCGCGUCAAGAGCUGGAACAUUACCCGGCCUUGGGUUUGCGACAUCAAGGAGUACGGCGCGACAAUCGUCAGCUCGUUCCACUGGGGCUUGGAGGAUCUCGAGGAUGCGUUCGAGUCGGAGGACUUCUUCCACGGACCCUCCACCUUCCUCCAGCGCUUCUUCAACAAGGACCUGCCGCUCAUCAAGAACCUCGCCGCUCACUUCGACCGUCCGUCAAUCCUCCAGCCAACCGUCAUUGAAGUCGCUUCGGGCUACUGGGACUUGCGACAGAUGACAGAGGAAGACUUCAUCAAGGCUGGUAUUCCGCGCCCGUACCCGACCGACGACGACCGCUCGUUUGGGCCAAUAGGCGAGGAGAGGGAGACGAGGUGGCGGAAGCACAUCGUCGAGGUCAUUAAGGAGGUCGCCAAGGCUUUUCCUGGGACUCGAGGGAUUCGAGACGGUCCCGUCAUCAGCUGGCGGACGAUGCAUCACCCGAAGCGCAACAACUACACACCUUACUCUCGCGUCGCCCCUCUUGAUGCUCUUGCUCGCAAGACGAUGCACGAUCUCCGCGUCAGCUCGCUCGCGACGAGUCCCGCUUUCCGUUCGAACUCCGGCUCGCUCGUCCAUUCCCACCUCCCGCCCGAAGCGCUUCACGACAUUGAACAUAUCGGUCGAGAGCUAGGAGAUGCGGAUGGGACAGACUAUGGCUUCGAUGAGCGGAUACGGGUGGACGAGGUGGGCAAACUGCUCGAGGGUCAGGAGAACCAUUUCCGCGACUUCCUCCACCCCGACGCCUUGCCAGGAUCGUACCUCUGGAGCGACAUCAUCCUGUACGAGGUCAAGCGAGCGUAUUAUCGUAUCGGGCGGUCGACGCAGGACUUGUAG